UGAAGAUCCAACUUAAAGUUUAUAAUCUUUGUUUCAUACUUCAGAUCCUCCUCUUUCACUCAAACACUAAAAUCUGUAGAAAUGGCAACGGCGUCGUUUAACAUGCAGUCAGUCUUCGCCGGUGGAUUGACCACACGUAAGAUCAACACAAGCAACCAUUUCUUCGCCGGAAACUUCCCUAAUCUCAAAAGGAACUUUCCAGUGGGAGUGAGAUGCAUGGCUGAGGGAGAACCCAUGAAGAAUGAGUCUGCACCGUCGACCUCAGCGGCUCAGCCUUUGCCUAAGUCAUCGUCCCCACCACCACCCCCUCCUCCUACUAAGCCUAAGGUGAGCACCAAGUUUAGUGACUUGCUAGCGUUUAGCGGUCCAGCACCAGAGAGGAUUAACGGGCGUUUAGCUAUGGUUGGAUUCGUGGCUGCCUUGGCAGUUGAACUUUCCAAGGGAGAAAACGUUUUCGCUCAGAUCUCCGACGGUGGAGUCUCAUGGUUCCUUGGCACGACGGCGAUCUUGACGCUUGCGUCGCUUGUGCCGCUUUUCCAAGGCAUCACCGCUGAGUCAAAGUCUAAAGGUUUCAUGACAUCAAACGCUGAGCUUUGGAACGGGCGUUUCGCGAUGCUUGGUUUAGUCGCUUUGGCGUUCACUGAGUUUGUCAAGGGUGGAACCCUUAUCUGAAGAAUAUAACUACGGUUUUGUCCCUGAAUUCUGUAAAGUAAAAUCUGGCUUUUGCUCAUGUCGUGUUAUGUAAUAGUGAGUUCCAGUGAUAUAUGAAAAACUUUGGGUUAUAAAAC